AUGACAGACGAAACGGCUGUAGUAGCUGCAACAGCACAAGCACAUGCUGCAGACGUGGAGUUCCUGGUGCGACGGGGCAUGACGAAGGGAUACCAAUACCUCUCGCUCUUGACGCCCCCUGUGUAUGCUGCUUUCACAAUAUCGCGUUACGGGAGGGCCCAUGUGUCUGUCAACCGUCUAUUGCGCGCGACCUGGAUUGGCGGCUCUGUCGGCAUCGUCGGAGGGGGUGCGUUCGAGUAUGUCAGGUCGGCGUAUUCCACCCAGGAAAUCGUCAGGGCUAGACGGCUCCGUGCAGCAUACAACACCUCAUCCAUACGAGAGGACGACCAUUCCACCAUAGGCAGCAUACUAUUUGCUGUGUUGACUCCUGCUGUUCUGUGGAAUCGCGCGCACCCGGUCAACCUCGUUCUCGGUGGAGCAGGCAUUGGUUCCGCUGUCGGAUUCCUCACCCAUCAUGUCAGAACGGUCUCUGGAGAUCCACCACCUAAAGUUCCGAUUCCCGACAUACCUAUUCCUGUAUAA